AUUUUUUGACCCCCACGUCAGUGAUGCAGGUUCACACGCUGGUUUCCGCGUUUGCGAACGGGAUAAGACUGAACCUCGGCUUUCCCCCCGUCGAGUCGGAUGUUCUGUCCCAUUUGCCGUAUUUAUUCUUCAGUAGCCAGGAAGUCUUAUCCCCCGACGCCGGGAUGCAGACGCUGGCCUUGCCGAUUCUCUCCUUACUGUGGUUCCCGGUGAUCACAACAAGCUUCGGGUACGAAAAAAGAUUCGGGCUACUGGAGAUGAUGCGGAUCCAAAGUUUAUCCACGACGAUCUACUGGCUAACCAACUACGUCUGGUUCUUCAUUCUGUACUUCUCCAUCAUCGGCUCCUACCUAGCUUUGUUCUACGCCGUCGCCUCCGACAACUACGAUAUUGGCCAGCUUUUCUUCAUCCACUUUCUCUGGGGCCACUGCCAGAUCGGGCUGUCUCUACUGUGCGCCGCAGCGUUCUACAAAUCGGAGUCUUUGACCGCGGUGACGUACUUCUGGAUGUCCAUCGCCUACCUGUCCGCCGGCCCUUUGCUAGAAGCCGCAACGAUCGACGGCGGCCCGAUGCCGUGGGCCCUGAUUGUGUGGGGACCGACGAAUUACGGCAGGAGUUUGGUGCUGGCGUUAAAGUACAAGGAAACGGACAGUUCGAAAUCGAUGGAUUUGUGGGAAAAGUUCACGGCGAGCGAAGAACAAGAGUACGGGGAACUGCUGCUAGUCCAAUUCUUGGUCGGGAGUUUGGUCUUACUCGUCGCGAUUCUCUGGCUCCAGGGGGUACACGUGGUCGUGUUUGAAAAGAUCCGGCGGUUUGUGAUGGAGAAUAUCGUGGACCGGUGGAUGGGGAACAUCAAAGGGGAAAAGAGUGUGAAAUCAGCUGCUGAUAAAAAAGAACAAAAUGAAAAUCCAUCCGCAGAAACUACAGAAGUUCCUGCGCAAGAAGAGCAUCCUCAACCAGCAAUCACAAUUCAAGAACGCAUUUCGUCUAAAGAAACCCCGAUAUUACAAUGAAAAAUGCCCCCACCCCCGAAUCGUUGGGAGCAUUUGUAUUGCAAACCUUUCCAAAUGAAACAUUCGCCCUCUUGCAUCUAUCAGCAUCACAGCUUUCCAAUCGUGAAUAGCAAAAAUUUGUAUUGCAAAGGACCCCAGCAAGAGCGGCGCUUGUCAUGCAAGCGAGGCGAUACACGCCUAGACUCUGCAUCAGACAAAUUCAUACACCUUUCAUGCAUGACAAAAAGUUCUCAGUUGGAAACUUCGCAUCACAAAUUUUCGCAUCGUUGGGGGUGGGGGCAUUUUUCACUGUAAUACCCGACGAAAGAAGUUCUGGCGAAUCUCUCGGCGGACCAGAAAAUCGAUUCCGAUGUGCGGGUAUCAAAUGCAGAAAUGUCUGGGUCUGGAAGGAUCCGAACUUGUGAUGCGCAUUUUAGAACACAGAAAAAUCUCUCAUGCAUAGGCAGCAAAAGCUGCCCACUUUCUGUCGCCAAAAUGGGGGACUUGUCAUGCGGAUUCGGCAUUGCGGAAGCUUCUCGAAAACUGUGAUGCUACAGCUUCCAUGCCAGACCUUCUGUGUCAUGCAAAAACAGCGUGACUUAUUUUCCAGACCCAGACAUUUUUACAUUUGAUAGCGGGAGGAAGCCGAGCGGAUUCUGAAGUCCGAUAUCGCCGCAAUGAGGCUCGCCGCGAACGACAGUUUUGAGGAAGAUGACAGCAAUGUGCUUUAUUCCGAUGCUGCUGCUGACCCCUCGACAUCGAAAGCAAGAGUCGAUGCGAUUCAAUUGCGAAACAUCUACAAGCAGUACCCGGACGGGAAAAAAGCGGUAAAUGGGGUCUCGUUCGGCGUGAAGAAAGGCGAGUGCUUCGGCCUGCUCGGCCCGAACGGCGCGGGCAAAACGUCGUGCAUCAACCUCGUGUGCGGGCUGCAGAAAUUGUCGAAGGGCUCGAUUGUGGUGUCUGGGUACGAAAUUUCCGCGGCGAGAACGAGGAAAAGCUCUACUUCACAAGGCGAUUUUUUAAACGGCUUGCAAAGUAGAACUUCCGGCGACGCGUCCCUUUCCCAACUGUCACAGUACCUUGGUGUUUGUCCGCAAUUUGACUGUGUUUGGAACGAUCUCACGGUCGAGGAACAUCUCGCUUUGUACGCAAGGAUCAAGGGCAUUUCGGGGUACAAACAGAAAGUCUUGGUGCGCAACGUCGCGGAAUCUGUCGCGUUGGAGGGGGACGCUUUCAGAAAACUUGCUUCCGAACUUUCCGGGGGCAUGCGGCGGAGAUUGUCCCUCGCAAUUUCGUUGGUCACGAACCCCGCCGUUCUGAUCCUCGAUGAACCCACCACCGGCCUAGACCCGGACACCCGCGCGGGCUUGUGGCAGGUGAUUGCGAAUGAGUCGAAGAAGCGGGCGGUGGUCUUGACGACACACAGUAUGGAGGAAGCGGACGCACUGUGUGAGAGGAUUGGGAUUAUGUGCAGCGGAAAAUUGAAGUGUGUGGGAACCCCUUUGCACUUGAAGAACAAAUUUGGGAACGUAUCCUAUUUAAAAACGUCCUCCUCCCCACCCCAUUAUAGUUGUCAUGCAGAUUUGCAUCUACAGAAAAAUCUGUAA